AUGAAAUUCUCACUUGUUAAGCUCAUCUGCUCAAAAGGCCCUCAAAAGGACCCCAAACAUCCAAAACAUCUCAGUAUACCGACUGUACGUACCCAGAUAAGACUCGAAACAGAAGUGGCUGCCUCGCUCUUAAACUUGGAUUCAGUACAGGCUCGUCCCCAGUUAAAAGAUACCUACUUUGCUGCACCGAACACAAGAUACAUGGGAAAGAAGCCCGUUGCUGUCACAACCUCUUCCGCCCCGCCUCAAGCGUCUGUAGGCCAAGUCUUCUGCAUUGGUGAUUCUGUAUCUUCCUCGCUUUCUUCCUCUUCGGCAGGGUGCGACUCACAAGAUCUAGACGAAGGGUACAGCUCGACAGCAUUGUCAGUAUUGGAUCCAGACAUCACUCACGUCUGUGAUGUUGCGUUCUUUGAACGAUCCGUCUAUUGA